UAUGAUAAACAAAACUUCUGAAGUGAAGGCCCAACCCAAUUUAUUAAAAUACUGAGGUGGCGCAGCCAGGGCGGUCGACCGGCGGCAGUUUCCAGCCCAGCGAAAGUGAAGAAAAUUCCAUGGGUUACCAGAACGAGGUUUUGCUACGACGAACCUUGUGAGUUGUGAGCGAGGAACGAUCGAGAAGUUUGAAACUUUUCUCUUCCACGGUAGCCUAGAUCUGGGUUCUUAUCAAAGAGGCCGAAAUCUACAAGGCCCUUGAGCCGGGCUAAUGGUUUGCUUGUUUUAGUUGAGAUAUACUUCUUGCUUGUAGUCUAUCCACGAAAAUUCUGGUCUGGUGAAGUUACUGGAAUAGUCAGGAAGCAUGGUAUUCUCAAGCUUUACUGGUGCUGGUGUUGGUUUUGGUUUUGGCAUUGGUUGUGGGUUUGGAGUUGGAUGGGGUUUUGGAGGGAUGCCAUUACAUACCUUUGGUCUGGGAAUAGGGGGUGGCUGUGGAGUGGGGCUUGGCCUUGGCUGGGGCUUUGGCAGUGGAUUUGGUUGUCAAUACCGCUCUUCUAAGGUCAGGUUCCAGGGUGUUGAAUUUGAGAAAAAGGCCGCUAUAGAUAAAGCAGCAAUCCCAGAAUCCUCAAAGCAUGUUCAAGAUGUUUGAGCUUCAAACUAGGACUCAAAAUUUGACAAAAUCUUUUGCUUGUAGAAUGCCUACCCGUAUGACAUAAAAUAUGUUAUGAUUAUGAUGAAUAACAUUAUCCUUCAAUGACCUGAUCCUUUCCUAUAUUUAGAUUCUAUUGUUGAAAAGUUUUUUUUUCUAUCAUGGAACCUCUGCAUGUCAAAAAUAUUUUGUUUA